UCUGAAACGUAGAGAAGAAAGAAGAAGAAAAGAUGACGACGCAGAAGAAAGGGAUGGAAGUGGUGAAGGAUCUUGACUUGGAGAGAUACAUGGGCCGUUGGUACGAGAUUGCUUCUUUCCCUUCCAUUUUCCAGCCCAAGAACGGUGUUGACCCUCGCGCCACCUACCCCCUCAACCCUGACGGCACGGUGCACGUCUUGAACGAGACGUGGAACGGUGGCAAGAGAGCUUUCAUCCAAGGCUCAGCCUACAAGACUGAUCCUAAGAGCGACGAGGCUAAGUUCAAAGUUAAGUUCUAUGUCCCUCCUUUCCUCCCUAUCAUUCCUGUCACUGGAGAUUACUGGGUGUUGUAUAUUGAUCCUGACUACCAGCAUGCUGUCAUUGGCCAGCCUUCGAGGAGUUAUCUCUGGAUACUGAGCAGGACGGCGCAUGUGGAAAAGACCGCAGAACAGGAAGCUAGAAUCAGUGAGGAAGCCAAGGUGUUUGGCACAGUGGCGCAUGUCCAUCCCGCUCCUGACGACACCAAGGGUAUUUGGUGGUUCAAAUCUAUGUUCGGCAAAUAG